UUGCUGGUUGCAGAGGAAUGCCAUUCAAAUUUUGGUCGUAAAUUUGCAAAACAAAUAGUAGUAUAAAUGUCAACAGAUAACCUAGCGCCCCAAGAAUAUGCCUCUUUUUGUUCGUACGCCGUGCGCCGGUGCGGAACUGCUUCUGCUUCUGCUUUGGUUCGUCAUUCGAUGCUGCGUCGUCAUGUCGCCCUGCUUGUUGGGCAAUUGGCCAUCUAGAAAUCGCAGAAAAGUAAUAAAGCCCGUCUCUGAUCUUAUCUUCUCCAUACUUCCCACGGUAUCUCACCAAUCAUCUUCAAAUCAUUGGGCAUAUCCUCUGUCAAGAGAGAUGAGGGAUCGCCUCAUGCGUAUUUCUUGACGUUGGCCUGUUGUCGUUGGCGAAUCGGUCUACUCGUUCGCCUCAUUU